CCCAGGGAAACGGGAUGGUUUUGAGGUAGGGGUUUAGAGAGAGGAAGCAAGUCAUUUCCUACCUUUAAGGAGUACCCUUCUCUGAGGACCUCCCCCACCAGUAGCACUAAAGUGACACUCACCCCCGCCCCAGGGCUGGCUCCUAUUUCACCAGCUCCUGCAGUGACAGCUGGAGGGCCUAGGAGAUGGAGUUUCCCACUCCCCAGACUGGUCUCCCACGCUCUCCCCUCUCCCCAGAGAACCAAACAGUCCUGCACCGCACACUGGGGUGUGAGGCGGGGUCGCUGGCACUGAGACCUGCCAGGUGAGGGGGCAGUAGCUGAUUUCCAGAGCUGACUGGAGGUUGUAGAAAUGGCAUCAAGGCUUUCUUGAGCCACCUUCAAAGAUCUCUUUGCUUUCUGAAAUCCAGGUUCCUUCAUUUCCCCCAUCGAUACCUGGGGAUGUCACCUUUGGAGCUCCUGGGGAGAGCCCAUAGGCCAGGUGGGCAAAGCCAGGGCCCUGGUGGAAGCUGUCUGGGAAGAAUCUGAACAAGGCUCCCUUCUCUCCCUAGGGUCUGUGGCCGAUCCCCAGGAGGAACUGCUUUGGGUUGCCAUGAGAGAGACUUUGGAGGCCCUCAGCUCCCUGGGUGAGCUGGCACACUGAAGGAACCUGGGGGGAGAGGGGUAGGAAGAUUCGGGGCAUCUACAACUAAGUAAGCAGAGCCACCACGAGGCUGCACCCCUGAGACCCCAGGGGCCCUGGGGAGGCCCCAGGGCAGCAUCUUUUUCCAUUUCUUCAGGAUGUCUUUGACUGCCUGGGAUGUGGUGGAGGCUGUGCUAGACUGUAUGUACACCCAGACACUCACAGAGCACUGUGAUAUUUACAUCAUUCUAUCUCUUCCUUCUUCUGUCCUUCUUGACUCAACUCCAAGGGGCUGAGGUUGAUUCCUGGCCAGGCUGCUGGGGAGCCUGGGCUGUCCCUUGUCCAUGCUGGCGAGAGACCCUACCUUCCUGAGCAGGAUUCUCCAUGGGACAGCCAGAGAUGGCCCCCCAAAGUGAGCCCAGAGAAGGAUCUCAUAAUGCCCAGGAGCAGAUGGCCUCUUCCAGGGAAGAGAACAUGCUGGGCACAUGCUCAGAGUCCUUGAGGUAUCCUGUUCUCUGCCAGGGCGUGAGGCCCCCAGUCUGGAGGAAGGUGCCCACCCUGAGCAGGCUGAGGCUCCCUGCAGAGGCGGCCAGGUGUGCAUACCACAGAAGGCUGAGCCUGUGGGCUCCUGCUCAGGGGACGAAUGGAUGAUUCGGAAGGUGAAAGUGGAGGAUGAGGAUCAGGAGGCAGAAGAGGAGGUCGAAUGGCCCCAGCAUCUAUCGUUACUUCCAAGCCCCUUUCCCGCUCCAGACCUGGGGCAUCUGGCCACUUACAAGCUUGAGCCCGGGGCCCCAGGGGCACUGGGAGGGCUCUCGCUGUCGGGGUGGGCCCCGAUCCCUGAGAAGCCCUAUGGCUGCGGGGAGUGCGAACGGCGCUUCCGGGACCAGCUGACGUUGCGGCUGCACCAGAGGCUGCACCGGGGCGAGGGCCCCUGCGCCUGUCCGGACUGCGGCCGCAGCUUCACGCAGCGCACGCACAUGCUGCUGCACCAGCGCAGCCACCGCGGAGAGCGGCCUUUCCCAUGCUCCGAGUGCGACAAGCGCUUCAGCAAGAAGGCCCACCUGACCCGCCACCUGCGCACGCACACGGGCGAGCGGCCCUACCCGUGCACAGAGUGCGGCAAGCGCUUCAGCCAGAAGAUCCAUCUGGGCUCGCACCAGAAGACUCACACUGGCGAGCGGCCCUUCCCCUGCACCGAGUGCGAGAAGCGCUUUCGCAAGAAGACGCACUUGAUCAGGCACCAGCGCAUCCACACAGGCGAGAGGCCCUACCAGUGCGCACAGUGCGCACGCACCUUCACGCACAAGCAGCACUUGGUGCGGCACCAAAGGGUGCACGAGGCGGCCGGCCAGGCCCGGGCCUCCCCCGACGCGCCCGCCUCGCCCCAUUCCCCCGCCCCAUCCCCCACCCCGUCCCCUCCUGGGCCGAAGCCUUUCGCCUGCUCCGACUGCGGCUUGAGCUUCGGCUGGAAAAAGAACCUCGCCACGCACCAGCGUCUGCACCGCGGUGAGGGUGGCCCCUUUGGGUGCGAAGAGUGUGCAUUGGGCGCCACCGUGGACCCUGCCGUCGCAGAUUCCUUGGCCUGCGCGCCCCGAGGGCCGGGCUGCGGGACAGGCUCGGGUCCAGCUGUGCCCCCGAGCACCCCUCCGGGCGAGCGGUCCUUCUUCUGUCCGGACUGCGGGCGCGGCUUCGCCCACGGACAGCACCUGGCGCGGCACCGGCGCGUGCACACGGGCGAACGGCCCUUCGCCUGCGCUCAGUGUGGCCGCCGCUUUGGCUCGCGCCCCAAUCUGGUCGCCCACUCCCGCGCGCACAGCGGCGCCAGGCCCUUCGCCUGCGCGCAGUGCGGCCGGCGUUUCAGCCGCAAGUCUCACCUGGGCCGCCACCAGGCGGUGCAUACGGGCAGUCGCCCCCACGCCUGCGCCGUCUGCGCCCGUAGCUUCAGCUCCAAAACCAACCUGGUCCGCCACCAGGCGAUCCACACAGGCUCUCGCCCCUUCUCUUGCCCGCAGUGCGGCAAGAGCUUCAGCCGCAAGACCCACCUGGUGCGGCACCAGCGCGUCCACAGCGAAGCUGCCCACCCGGCCUCGGACGCUGCCCUCUCGGCCCCAGCCUGGCCCACUCCCACCGAGGGGGCGCCGCGCCCGCUCUUGUUCUGAGCCCUCUCGCCACGACCCUUUGCUCACAGUUUUGAGGGACGCGUGCAGCCAGGCCUGGGCUGCUGCCGGCCCUUUUCCUUCCCUCAGAAGUCUGAAAAGCGUUCCCAGCUCUGACGUUACAGGAUGAAGACUAUGUGCUGAGUGACUCCUUGCUGGGGACAGUUUAGGCUGAAGUCCUCGGAAGACUCCCCCGCAGAUGCCCCUUCGGAAAGCCAACAUUUCCUGGACCUCGAGUGACCAAGGACAGACUGGGCCAGGAACCUCUAGCGUGUGAGAAAGAGUGGUUAUGUACAUACUUAAAGUUUCAUUAAAGUUAAACUCUGCA